UUCUGCAUUUAUCCUAUCGCCUCCGCUCUGGGACCAGGUGUCCCUUUUGCGCCCAGCAUUGAGAGAUGAGAAGCGGCUACGCGGUUAUGGGAGCUGCAAUCCCGAAAGUCUUUGCGGUAUCAUAGAGACGGGGUGCUAGAGGAGCCCUUUUCCGGUGUGAUAUAGCGCUGCUUCCGCUAAUGUUAGCACGGUAUGGGUUAGGGCGCGUUCUUUCUGUUGCAAGCUUAGGUCUUCGCGCAAGGUUGAGCUGCGGUCGCGUCGCCAUGGCAAAGAGCAAGUUUGAAUACGUGAGGGAUUUCGAAGAGGACGCUACAUGUUUACCCAACUGCUGGGUCGCGGUCAGGUUGGACGGCCGUGGCUUCCACCGCUUUGCUGAGCAGCAUGGUUUUAAGAAGCCUAAUGAUGAUCGUGCUCUUCACUUGAUGAACAAGUGUGCCCAGAUAGUUAUGCAAGAAUUGGAGGAUAUUGUCAUAGCUUAUGGACAAAGUGAUGAAUACAGCUUUGUUUUCAAAAAGAAAAGCAACUGGUUUAAGAGAAGAGCAAGUAAGUUCAUGUCUCAUGUGGUCUCCCAGUUUGCCUCCAGCUACGUUUUCUUUUGGAAGGAUUACUUUAAGGACCAGCCUCUUUUGUAUCCACCAGGAUUUGAUGGACGUGUUGUGUUGUAUCCUAGUGACCAGAAUCUAAAGGACUAUCUCAGUUGGCGGCAAGCGGAUUGCCACGUAAAUAAUCUCUACAAUACAGUAUUUUGGACUCUUGUGCAGAGAGGUGGCUUGACACCUGCACAAGCGCAAAAGCAACUACAGGGAACUCUUGCAGGUGACAAGAAUGAGAUUUUAUUUUCUCAGUUCAACAUUAACUACAAUAACGAACCCUUGAUCUAUAGAAAAGGAACUGUUCUAGUGUGGCAAAAGGCAGAUCAAAUCAUUAAGAAAAAAAUUAAAAUUCCAGAGGAAACGGAAGAGAAGGAAGUUGAAGUGAUCCGGCCAAGGACUACAACAGUUCCUUUUCACUGUGAUAUCAUUGGGGAUCACUUUUGGGACCAGUAUCCUGAAAUCCUAGCUGAUGAUAGCUGACUGUUACCAUCUGGACACGUGUGAAAUACUCCAUACGGUUUAUUCUUGCAAGGACCACAUCCCAGGAACAGGGAUAGAUGACUGGCACAGAACGGAUAUUACUGUACCUUAACCAUUGCCGUACCCAUAUCACCAGAGGGUACAGACAAAAGAACUCUUCUUAAAAAGCCAUUUAGUGCUUGUAUUCAUUUUUAUAACUUCAUAGAUAUGUAGGUUUCCCCGUCAUAAUUAUGAGGUGCCCUACAAAAAUAUCAUUGUCAUGUUGACAAACUUUUUACUGGAAAAGGAAUGCGUUUAAUUUAGACUAUGGCCCUCAAAGGCACUCUACUGGUAGAAGUCUCAUGAGAUUUUGAGCUGCCCAUUUAUAACUCUGAAAGCAUUUAAACUCCUGCUUCAAAUUAAGUUCUAUCAUCAGGGAGCCAAGUUACAAAUUAUCCUAGUUGCUAAUGUCUCUGGAUUAUAUGAGUGAUAAACAAAAUACCCUGGCAAAUGACUGAAACUAAUUAGGAAGUCUUCUCUCAAGUGUAAAUUAGUUCUGGCUUUUUUGAGAGCUAUGGAAACAUAAUUUCCCUCUGUAAAUGUAUGUUUAUUGUUUAGACUCUCUCCUUGCUGCUUUACGGAUUAUUAGAGAAGGUCUCAGGUGACCAGACUGGAAUAAUAAAGUUAUGAAUAAGGGGGUAUCACAACAGGGUAUGUUGUUAGGUCAUGCUCUCAAUUUUCUGCUGCCUCGGAAACUAUCCAGUUCCUGCUGUUCAGGAUUGUGGCAAUCAACUUACUGAAAGUUCUUUACUAUUUAAAAAGAGUUUGUGCUGUGCUUCUGCAUUCCUCGUGCGAGACUUGUGAAGUAAUGAGACCUUUUCCAAGAAAAAAAAAGAUGAACCAACAUGAAAAAACUCUGAGGCUUUCUCUGACCAGGCACAGAAUGGACUGCAACACAGGCUGGAAGAUAAUGAUGACAAAGUUUUUGUGUGGAAUAUUUUCUUCAUGUCACUGCAUCUUCAUCCUCUGCCUUUUCCCCAUUAUUUUUUUUAGGAGGCAAGAUGCCUUGGAACAAGAGGCAUCUUAUUAAAGCCUUUUCAAAAAAGAUAUGACAGUAAUAAAACCAUUUAUCUAAUGUGGCUAUCUGCAUCAAUGUAGUUAGGAUAACCAUUAAAAAAAAUCCAAGCAAUGUGUAUUUAAGUGAUGACCGUAAUCUUAAGAAUAAAGUUUUGCAUUGAUUGAUGGCCUGAUUCUCUUGAAUAGUUCAGACAUAAGUCUUAGCAACGCUGAACAUAAUAGAUAUAUUUGUUGUAAAAUUUGUACCAUUCUUUCCCUUAAAUUAUGCUUAAGGUAGCUAACAAAUAAAAGUAAAAUACAAAAUGGAA